UGGGACUUUGCCACCCUUCUCAGUGACCGUGGGUAUCCCUGCAACUAAGUUCUUCCUGCCCCGGGCUGCGGGCGGCACCAGGCUUUUCUCUGGAAUCCUUGGGCAAAGAUCAACAGAGUUCCAAAGAGUUCUAUUGUAUGGAAAUUACUUCUGAAGCAAUAAAAAAAAUAGAGAGAAUCACUUUUUAAUUUUGAAAACUAAGUCUUUGUUAAAAUCAUAAAUGUCCUUCAGAGUAAAGUUGGGUCUGACUUACGCUUUUGCAAUGAUUUGUGCUCUGCUGCCAGCACAAUCAAUCAGUCUGAAUUGCCCUACUGAGAGCCUCGAAGAUAUGGUGAUUGACAUUCAGUCAUCUCUUGCUAAUGGAAUUCGAGGUAUUGAGCCCAUACAUACAGAAACUCACGAAGACUGUAUUAAUUCUGGCUGUCUGACCAAAAACAUAACAGGGAGAAAAGAAUGUAAUUUAAUCAUCUUUGAUACUCGGAAGGCAACAAAACAACCAAAUUGCUACUUGUUCUAUUGCCCCAGUGAAGAAGCUUGUCCUCUGAAACCAACAAAGGGAGUUAUGACUUUUAGGAUUCUGAAAGGUUUUCCUCCUUUGAACAAAGCUGAUUUACCACAUCCAGAUGCAACCCCAAAAAGUUACUACUUGACUGGAAAAUCUUCACAAGCAGUCAUGGACCCCGUACAGCUGACAGCUCAAUUGAACCAGACUAAUGUUUUACUGAAAGCCACAGUAAAUACGAGUGAUGAACGGAGUACCCAGCUUCCUGGAAUCAAAAGUAAAGACCAUCUUCAGAGCUCAGAGCUUUCCCUGAAACAAAAAGAAGCUGAUGUGUUGUCUGAAAAUGUAAUUGUAUUUCAGUCUAAGGCAGAGGCUACAUCUCAGUCCACUGUCUCCACUACUCCUGUACCUGAUGCUUUGCAGUCUACAAUCCCUCCUCUGAUACAGCAAUUAAUUGCUCCUUUAAAAAUUACCACUGAGCCUCAUCCUACAGUAUUCACUAUUUCUCAAUCUAUUUCUGCUACUACUACUACUACUACUACUACUACCCCACAGCCUCCCACUCCCACAAUUUCUACAGGCUUUACAGCUACUAUAAACCAGCCUACCAUAACUACAAAAACAGCUUCAACUACAAUGUCCAACGCAACAACAAGCGUGAAAGUCACCUUAGAAACAGGGCAAUUUAAAGAAACUACCAUUUACCCUUCAACAUUUCCAUCAUCAACUGUGGAUUUCUUUGCUAUAAAGAAAAUUGCUUCCCAAGAAAUUGGGAGGCUUGGUUUAAGCAACUCCCCUCUUGAUAAUGUUCCAAGAAAUAGAUUCCACCUUCAGUUUGAAAAGUGGACACUCAUAGGCACAUUGUUCUGUGGACUGUUGUUUUUGGUAAUAGGUCUCAUCCUGCUGGGAAGAAAGCUUUCUGAGUCCCUUCAGAGAAAAAAAUAUUCCAGACUAGAUUAUUUGAUUAAUGGAAUCUAUGUUGAUAUUUAAAGAGAAAGAGAGAUGCCUUUGAUUCUUAGCAAUUAGAAAACCCAAAUUAUUCCUUAUUUAUUAGCUUAUAGAAAAUUAUAUUUUAGAGACUAGCCCUUAGUUGUGCCAUCAAAUAAAAAGAACAGAAAUUUGACUAAAAUAGUAAAUAGAUAUAAAGCUCCUCUAAAAUAUCACAGAAUUAUUAGUACACUAAAAAAAAAACAAAUGAGGUUAUAGUAGGAAAAAAUGUUGUGACUUGGGGUCCUAAUUAAAGUAUAUUUCUGAUUCUAGAUAAAAUCAAUUUUGUCAUGAAGGCUCUUUGAAUAUAAUGUUUUGUAUUAGCUUUUAAACACUAUAUAAACAAAUUUAAAAAUUAUACCACUUAGGUUUGUAUCUAAUCAGGAACUGAAUAAAUCUGUUGGCUCUGAGACAUGUAACAUCAUUUACUUUCCUGUAGCUUUAAAAUUAUCCCUAUCAGCAAAGUUUUUAAUUGAUAAAAAUUUGUAUUAUGUUUUAAUGACAAAUAUAUCUAAUUAUACAGUGUGGUAUGCAAUUUGUAGGCUAGCUCAGUUUUAUUACUUGCAGAAGAGCUUUUGGGGACAUUUUAAUGUAUGAUAGUCAAUGGACUACAUAAAUUACUUCUAUCCUAUUUGGACAUAUUAUUUCAUUGGGAAAAUAAAUUGAUUUCCACAUUUGUAUACAAUCUAAAAUGAAACUUGUUCACUUUGUUGUUAAAUUUUUAAUGUAAUCUUCACCAGUUGUCAUAAAAUGAUAGAAUCAGACCUGAAAGUGACUUUAUAAAUCUGGUCCAAACCCCUAAAUUCAUAGAUGAGGAAAAAAUAGGUGUAGAGACCUUAACUGACUUGGCCAAAGUAACAUAUCCAGUAAGUGGCAGAGCUAUUAUUAAAAUAGAGACCUGACUCCAAAUCCACUUCUCUUUAACUUUUAACAUUUCUCCUCCAUGCUGUCUCUCAAUUUAAGUUUUUAGAGAAUUAUUUGUUAAUAGUUAACUGUGUGAUCUCAGAAAUGUAACUUCAUUUCUCUGGAUCUCUUUUGUAGGUAGGCCAGUUGGACUAUACAAGGGGUUUCAAAUUCACAAUGGUGGUCCUCAAUUCAUAUCAUAGCUCUUUAUUCAGAAAAAAUUUGAUUAACAAAUCUUUGUUUGGGAAAACAAAGGUUUAGAUAAAAAUACUUAAAAUAGUUGGUGAAAAAAUAUGAAGUAAAUAUGGAAUUUGAAUUUGAAACUGGUAGACUAGAUAACUUCCAAGUUCCUUUCUAGCUCUUAUUUCAAAUUAGAAAUAAUGCUUAUUAUUUGUUGGCUUGUUUUGAUUCUUACAAAUAAAAGAGCAUAUAUUUCUGUUUAUGUAAAAUGCUUUAUCAAAAAAAUUUCCACGUAUUUUAGUUAAUUGUUUUGCCUGUUUAAAAAAAUGUAAAUAUAGAUUUAAACUUUCAACUAUGAACACUAGAGGACAGUAGUAUAAUAAGUACAGUUAAGAGCACAGGGAGAAAAUCAACUGAUUCCUAUUCCUUUUCUUCUGUAUAUGGAACUCAUACAGCCUAUUGGAAGGAAAGCUUGUUUACAGCUACGACCCAAUUUGUGUGAAUAAUGAAUCCCAUGAAGUGGUUACAUUAUUUGCAUUCAUACUAUAUUUUAAACAAAACUUUCAGACUAUUUUUCAGCUUGAAGGCUUGACACAAAUAUUCACUGGCUUUUUUGUAAACUUAAAGCUUUCAUGAAAUAAAAAGUUGAGUAAGAACCAAAAUAACAUUAA